CGUCUUGCUCGCGAACUCGAUUGCGAUCGCGCCCCGGCCAUGGACUCGCCCAGCAUCUCCGAGCUCAACGUGGAGCAGAGCGGUUCGCGUCUUCUCUCCGAAACAUCUCUUCUACCCAGCAGCAGCUCAAGUUCGUCACGCACCGGCCCAGGAGGCGACGACCUCUCCCUUUCAGAACUAUCACUCUCAGAGCGCCCUCAGCCUGCACCUUCACGUCGACCGAAGUUCAGCCUGCUAGCCCAGCCUUUGCCUCAGAAAGCGCCCUCAAUGGAUAACGAUAGCGCGAUUCUAGAAGAGGAUGCAGAGACGGAAGGGGAGGCCGGGUUGGAUCAGACUAUGACACAAGAAGACGUGGAGAAGGCAAAGAAGUUAGCCUCACGGACCAGAGAAGACAAACUACAGCAUGACUUGUUUAUUUUGAAGAAACUCAAUUUCGCAUUUGAAGUGUAUAAGGAGGCGUUGAAGGAAGCGAAGUCCAGCACAGAGCGGGUUGCCGAACAACUGAAGCACACUGAAGCGCUGUUGGACAAAUAUGUGAAUAUACUAUCAAAGACGGAAGAUGCCGCACGUCUGCUCACAGACGAACGAUGGCAAGGUGCCGAAGCGGUCUGUACCUUCGUCGCCGCGCAGGCUUUGACUCACUUCUAUGCAGGAUGAAGAUGUGCUCGAACAGGAAUACCGGCAAAACUUGGAGCGUGCUCGGCGUGAGGAGGAGGAGCGGCUACUUUCCGCGCAGCGAGAAAAGGAACGCCUUGAACGAGAAGACCAGGAACGAAAAGAAGCCGAGGAGAGACAAAGGCUUGAGAGGGAGCGAGCUGAAGCAACAAAAGCUGUCGGAAGGGGCAGUGGCGUAAGGGGUGUCAGAGGUACAA